CCCGCCGCUGCGUCACCCCGCGGCGCUGCCCCGCCCCUCCCGGCCGCUGCGUCGCUGGUGCCCGCCGGCCCGGGCGGUGGUGGCGGCCAUGGCGCAGCCGGGCGGGGGCCGCCCCGUCACCGUCAGCGACGUGCAGCAGCUGGUGCGGCGGAAGGACGAGCUGGAGGCGCAGAUCAAGGCCUGCUACGAGCUGCUGGAGGGCCAAAAGGGCGUGGGGAUGCACGAGCCGCUGGUGGACGCCGAGGGGUUUCCCCGUGCUGACAUCGACCUCUACCAAGUGCGCACGGCCCGGCACAACGUCAUCUGUUUGCAGAAUGAUCACAAGGCCCUGAUGAAGCAGGUGGAAGAAGCCCUUCACCAGCUGCACGCCCGGGAGAAGGAGAAGCACGCCAAGGACGAGGCGGAGGCGCUGGCCGAGGCCAUGAGCCAGAGCCAGAACCUGCCACAGGCUUUUGCCAAAGUGAACACGGUGACUCCAGGAUCUCCUGCAAGCAUCUCCGGACUUCAGGUGGAUGAUGAGAUUGUGGAGUUUGGUUCUGUCAAUGUAAACAACUUCCAGAACCUGCAGAACAUCGCCACAGUGGUGCAGCACAGUGAAGGGAGACCCCUGAGUGUGACUGUGAUCCGCAGCGGCAAAAAAGUGCACGUGGGGCUGACUCCAAAGCGCUGGGCCGGGAAGGGCCUCCUGGGCUGCAAUAUCAUUCCCUUGCAGAGAUGACUGUUGCUUGGAAAACAAUAAAGCUGAAGCUCAUGCCUGCUUUCUUGACCCUGAUCUGGUUUGAAAACUUCUCCACGUGUUCUUGCUGAAACAAACAUUUCAGAGGCCGUGAUUUCUAGGUGCCAGGCUUGCUGAGUCUGAAGAGAUUCUGAGAGCAGGGCCUGCCUGCAUUUCAGGAUUGCACUGGUUCAGGAGUCGCUUGCGGAGUUGCAAAAUGUGGCUUCUCAUCUCUUACACCUUGUAUCAGUAUGGAAUGAGGCUACAGAGGGACCCAAACUUCACUUGACACAGGCUCUAAAGAGCAUGAAGUACUCUUACUUGGUGAUAACAGAGCGUUGCCUUUCCUCCCCCAUAAAAUUCCUCACCCAACAUCUUGUAAUACACGCUAAGAACUCCUGGAGCACUUUUUGGUGUCUGUAAUAGUAGACGACAGUCAAGAAAUAUGCAAGUUUGAUAUUUUAUCUCCCCCGUGUUACCGCAACUUUUGAAGUCACUAAACAUGACGAAAGAAUUUUUUGAAUGCCUAUAAUUAUUUUAAGUUAAUGAGAUAAGGAAUAGGGGGCUAUAAUUCUGCUUUGGUUUAUUUCUAGUAGCUUGUAUAGUCAUGAUAAAAGUACUCCUAAUCUGCCUUCUUUUUCUCUCUUUUUUUUAAAUUUAAAAAAUUUGUUUAUUUGUGGUAGUUGGUUUUAGAGUGUAUUAACUCUUUGAGGGGAUUUUGGGGAGGACUUUUGUUUUGUUUCCAGUUGAACUUCAAAAUACUUUCCCAGAACAAUAAAACUUGAGUAGCACCUCUC